CCCAAUUUCCCCUUCCAUCCUCCGCUAUCUGCCGUCCCAGCGUGUGCGCGCGCCUGACGACUGACGACGACUGACCUGAGACUUCAUCCCUCACACAUCCACCCUGUCUCCGCUCCCGCCCUCGCAUCCCCCCUCGCCGCAGCAGCGGAUGCAGCCCUGCGCACCCUGAGGCAGCCUGCCACUCGCUCUCACUGCCAUGCCCUUCUUCAAGAACGUCUUUAGGUCGAGGGACGGCCCUCGGUCUUCCUCUAGGGCCGCCAAACAUGCCGACCACAGCGACGGCCCUGCCGCCUUACCAAAGCCGCGAUGGGAGGAGUCGUGGUCCCGCAAGGAGGUCGCUCCUAACGAGAUACAGGAGCUCAUACAUGUCUGCACGCAAGAGAUGAAGUCACGGGCCCUGGACAUGCCCUUCUUGCUGCUCCCCUUCCGCCCCACCUCCGACCCCAGCGCCGCCCGCAACUUCGUCCGCAAUUUCUUCAGAUCGUCGUACGAGGGUAGCUCGCAGUACUCAGGCCCGGGUCUACACCAGGAAUUGCGCCUCGCCGAGCCAUUGGUGCUGUGCAGCAUCAUGAAGUGGUGCUGGAGCAGACUUCCGGGGGGUGUCGUCUCCUGGGAUGCAUACGAGCUCUUCCGCAUUGGAGAAUCCGACUCCAACUUUGCUAGACACGCCUUCGACACCUUCAUUCCCCUCAGCGUCGACUCGGACGCCCGCAAGCACAUCAUCUUCGAUUUCUUCGAUCUACUGUCGGCCGUCGCUGCCCGAGGCAAGACAAAUGGCAUGGGCGGGCGCAAGUUGUCGAGGAUGGCAGGCUGGUGGGCCUUUGAGCAUUCAGACGAUGGAAAGGGCUUUGAUGGGGGAUAUCGGUGCUGGGCAAAAGCUGCAGAUGCCGCAAGCCACCUCUUCUUCGCAUACCUGCGAUCGCUCUCUCCGGACUCCAAAGCUAUCGGUGGCAUAUCUGCGCUGCCUCGCUCCCUCCAGGCGCUGCUGUCCCAGACCGAGUAUCCACCUCAAGCCCCGGUCCUCAUGCAGACUGUUACAACUAAGGUGGUCAUGAUAGUCGACUCGGUCUCCCCAACCCCUUUUGCCCUCCUUCGCCGGGCUAAGCACUUUGAAUAUCGUGACGACGACGAGGCGUUACAGCAGUUUUCCUCUUACGAAGACCCAGUAAGGGCACUGACGGACGAGUGCCGACGAGUACUACAAUGCAUCUCAUCUACCAAUCAGUCUGUGAUAUCCCCUGAAGGGGGCACGCAAGAUGCUUCUUGGUCUCGAUUUGAAGAUUUAGGAUUCUCAGGCCUCCUCGAGAGCUCGAAUUUUAGCAACACCAACGGCACUUCGCUGUCCGGAGGCGGUCGCGAAUUUUCAUCACUCCGUUCGGGGCCUCGUUCUCGAAACACCGACUUUGGUCGACCUACUACACCUUCUUGGGCAGAUUUCUUAUCUUCUGGAUUUGCCGAUGAAAACGGCCACACGAAACCUCCGCCACUACUAUUGCCCCCAGAUAAAAUUCUCCCACCCAUUGGCGAAGCCGCCCGGGUACACAGCUCUCAAUCUCACAUGCGCAAUGGUCUACAAACUCAAGAUGACUUGGAGCCGGGUGAGCUCGCGAGUAUCACCCAAUUUGACUUGGAUGAUACAUUCUGGUGGGUGUGGAUGACGAGUCUGGCUGGAGAGGAAUCCACGGACCGCAAAGCUGCUUUUGGCAGAUGCACCUUGAUCGAAACGCGUAUACCCGGGGCGAAGUGGCUAGUGAUUGAAGAGCAGGUCAAAGGCGCUUCUCCUGGGCCCGAGGAAGGUGCCUACAUUGCGGAAAAGAAAGGACGUUUCAGUUUCACGAGGCGAGGACGCUUAGGGCGCCGAAAAUCGACCGGAAAAAAGCCGCUAGCCCCUUCAAAGGAACCCUACAAUCGCACAACUUCGGGUACGCCUAUGAGCAAGACCAGUAUUGGCCCAGAUCAACAUGCUCGAAUCCAAGCUGCAGCUGCAAGACUAGCCCAGAACCAAAAAGAUCAGGUAGCAGCGCAACACACAGCUCAGCGGCGGGCACGUGUUGAUGAUGCAGUUUCCACAAAGACGAACAGUGUUAUGACAUUACAGCCUGUUCUUAUGAGUGAGGCCGCUCCGGCAAUGAAAUGGGACAAGAAAUUUGGCGAAGGAGCGAAGGAUCCGAACAGGGACCGAGAAACGAUCAGAGCGAAAUAUCUGGGCGAUGUAAGUGCGGGCAAAGGGUCGAGGGACAAUCUCCUUAUCACCGCCAACGGGGGUGCGCCAUCACUGUCUCGAGACUUCUCGCACCGCGAUCUCCCCUCGCUCCCUCUAGGCGAAACGGAUGUGCACAGUUCGAGAAUAGAUGCUCCAUCUCCCGCUCCCCUACCAGCCACUCCAAAUCCGGGUGCGAUCAAGUCUCAAAGAGGGGAAGCUUCUUCGGCAGCUCAAGUACCUCUGCCAAACGCCACCCCUAUGGCGCUUGAUGAGAAGGUGACAGAACAAGGGGACUACCUAGACCAACAUCCAGCUUUAAGGAAGCCUGUCCCUGAACGCAAGCCCGUUGGCCCGUCUUGGCAAGAUAAUCGUGCUGCAGAGGGACAACCAUCUACUUCUGAGGCUGCCCAACCGAAGAAACCGUCGCCGAAGAAGCUGAAAAAGAAUGCCGCCGCCGGCGGCGGUGGCUUCAGGAAGUUCUUUGGUGGCAAGAAAAAGGCUGACACAGCUAUAUCACACGAGACUGCCACUCAUCUUGAAGGUGAAGCUGGCUUGCAGUCUCCAGAUUCGUACGCCGGUGACGCUUCAGUGCAGCCUCAAAGUCAUCAUUCUCCUGUGCGCGACCCGUCUCCAACUUACAGUAUAGAGAAACAAGAGCCUCUUAGAGCCCGCUCUCCAGUACUUGAACCGAGCGCGGACGUUUCUGCUGUCUCGCAGAAGUACCAUGAACCAGCUCGCCCAGCUGAACCAAGCACUAACACUCGUGAGCAGAGGGAUGCAGACCAAGCUUUUUCUCGGUUUGACCAAGGCCCAAUGGACGACAUGCCAGCCUUCGUUCCCGACGAUGAUUCUGACGAUGAUGAAGCCCUAGUUGCGCUGGCCGGGCCCCCUCUUGAUCAGGCGCAUCAAGGCUCCUAUCGGCGAGACGUCCACACUCCGACCCAAGAGGUGCCCGCAGCUAAGGAUGAUGUGUCUGAAGAGUCGAUAGACUUAACUCGUCAAGUCUCACCUUCGCAAGAUCGAUGGGCUCAGAUCCGGAAGAAUGCAGCCGAACGAGCAGCACGACUCAGUGAGGAGCAGUCUCGUCGAAGCCAGAGCCAGAGUGCUCGUACAGACGAAGGUGAAACUAGCGGGGAGGAAACGAUUGAGAGCCGCGUAGCUCGCAUCAAAGCUCGUGUUGCCGAGCUAACUGGCAACAUUGAAGGAGGGCAAGGAGGCGCAAAGCGAUGAUUGGAAUCAUUUCCUAAAUCACCAGGUGCCUGUCAUUUUGCGUUAACAAAUACACCAUUGACGCUUUCCCAGCAUUCCGAGCUCUGAUACCCAAAUUUUCCGUAGUCUUCCUGGAUCUACAUAUAAUACCCUCUCCAAUGUGCAGCGUUCGAUAUCACAGCAAGCAACAACAUUCGUCUUGGUUUGUCCUUUUGUUCAUGUAAUCUCAAUUUUUUUUUUUCUUUGGUGAAGGCUAGGUGGGCUCUGUAUCUAGAUGGUGCAAGUUGUCCAUGUUGAUGCAGUUCGGAGUGCAUGCGCAACCGUAGGGUCAUCCAUAGUUUGGGCGUGGGUUGCUGUGCAAAUUCCCCGAGUCGAAUAGUUGCAUGUUGGCGUACUUCAUGCAUAGAAUGGACUGGGGGGGUUGAAAUUU